GGAAGUGGAGAGGGGAGACGAGGGGCCGCCAGGCGAGGAGGAAAUGGGGGGGCUGCGGUUCCGGGCGACCCUGUCCUCGCCACGGCCGCGGAGGCUGGGGUCCCCAGGUGGUAGGGGCGGGACUCCCCAGGUGGCGGGGGCGGGGCGCUGUGGCCCGGGCUAGGGCGGGGCGCUGUGGGCAGGACACCUCCUCCCGCGCUCUCUCCGUCGCCCGCGCCGGCGCACCGGGACGUUCCUUCGCUCUAGCCGCGGUCGCCGAGCCAUGGGUCUAGGGCGCGCCCCAACCCCCCACGAGGCUGCCGGCUCUGCGGCGUGACGGGUGGCCCAGAUGGUAACCAUGGGCCAGUGCUACUACAACGAGACCAUCAGCUUCUUCUACAACAACAGUGGCAAGGAGCUCAGCUCCCACUGGCGGCCCAAGGAUGUAGUUGUGGUGGCGCUGGGGCUGACAGUCAGCGUGCUGGUGCUGCUGACCAACCUGCUGGUCAUUGCGGCCAUCGCCUCCAACCGCCGCUUCCAUCAGCCCAUUUACUACCUACUCGGCAACCUGGCUGCAGCUGACCUCUUUGCUGGAGUGGCCUACCUUUUCCUCAUGUUCCACACAGGCCCUCGCACAGCCCGGCUCUCACUCGAGGGCUGGUUCCUGCGGCAGGGCCUGCUGGACACGAGCCUAACAGCAUCGGUGGCCACACUGCUGGCCAUUGCCGUGGAGCGGCACCGCAGCGUGAUGGCCGUCCAGCUGCACAGUCGUCUUCCCCGCGGCCGGGUGGUCAUGCUCAUCGUGGGCGUGUGGGUGGCCGCGCUGGGCCUGGGGCUGCUGCCUGCCCACUCCUGGCACUGCCUCUGUGCUCUGGACAGCUGCUCACGCAUGGCCCCCCUGCUCAGCCGCUCCUACCUGGCCGUCUGGGCCCUGUCCAGCCUGCUUGUAUUCCUGCUCAUGGUGGCUGUCUACACUCGCAUCUUCUUCUACGUGCGGCGGCGAGUGCAGCGCAUGGCAGAGCAUGUCAGCUGCCACCCCCGCUACCGCGAGACCACACUCAACCUGGUCAAGACUGUUGUCAUCAUCCUGGGGGCAUUCGUGGUCUGCUGGACGCCGGGCCAGGUGGUACUGCUCCUGGAUGGUCUGGGCUGCAAGUCCUGCAAUGUUCUAGCUGUGGAGAAGUAUCUCCUACUGUUAGCUGAGGCCAACUCACUGGUCAACGCUGUAGUGUACUCGUGCCGUGAUGCUGAGAUGCGUCGCACCUUCCGCCGCCUCCUCUGCUGUCUUUGCCUCCGCCGGUCCACCCACGAGUCUGCCAGCUACACACCCUCCACCCGGACAGGCCCUAGCACUCGCAUCAUGCUUCCUGAAAAUGGCCACCCCCUGAUGGACUCCACCCUUUAGCCAACCUCAGACUUCAGCAGGGUGCAGCAAGCAACAGAUCGCAGCACCUCACCACUUCUGGAUGCACCUGGCCCUACCCAAUCUGCGGGACAGACUGAAAGGCGGACCCUCAGUCUGACGUGGCACGGCACCACUGCCAGCCCUUCCUAGGCAACAGCUCUGCCUGCCCCAGGGCCUGGUGUUUGGGGUCAUCUCUAAGCACUCCAGAGAGAGUCGGAUGGGGAGCGGAAAUCUGGGUCUUCAAUCAUCUCAGGUUGUGGGUUUUUUUAAUGGACAUUUUUCUAUUUUUACUGCAUAUCCCUGGUAAACUCUGUGGACUGCUAUCUCGUCCGUGGUGGUAUGGGUGUUAAGGGUGGAAAAGAUGAGGGCACUCUCAGGCCUCACUGCCCAGUGCAGCAGAGUAACAAGGACGGAACGGAGAUGCACCAUCUGCCUGAGGCUGAUUCUUUAGGGGCACAGACUGAGGGGUUCUGAGAGUGAGCUGGGAAAGACUUGUGGCCCCUUGCAGCCUCUGGGGGUCUUGCCUGUCCCCAUUAGAAUUGAGGGGGUCCACAGGAAGGGCAUGAUAUAAGGAGAAAACCGUUCUUUCUGCUUUGAGAUCUCUAAAGCAUUCUGCCAUCAACUUAGUCUCUGUCCCUGUAUCCCAGAAUUGUCCACCUUAGCUUGGGCUGGGCUGGGAUCCUUCAAAGUGGCAUUUUCUUGGCUCUGUUCUCAUUCGUCUUCAGUCUCUGUGUGGCUGUCACUCCAUCUCUCUUGUUGGAUUCUUGCAUCCAUUUCCUUUUGCCUCUGUCUCCUCUGCCUGUUCCUCUGCCUCAUCUCGCCACUCACCUGUCUGUUUCCGUCCUCUGGAGUCCAGAGUGCUCUCUGACCUGUGUGAGCCCACCCUCUCCUGCCUGCCCUUUUGUCUGAGUCCAGGUUGUGAAUAGUCAGGUAUGUCCAUCCCAUUGCCCACCCCACCACCUACAUACACACCUGUGAGCCAAGCAUAGUGGGGUCCAUGGAGCAGGAUGCAGGAUUUGAGAGUUGCCAUUUCUCAGGCUCCUCUGAUGUGCCUGGCACACUGAUAGGCACUUUAGAUGGAUUCUUUAAUCAUCACCUGCAUCUUUUGGCACAGGUAUUACACUUAUUUUCAUGUGAGGACAGUGGCUCAGAGAGGUUGAGAUCUGGCCCAUGGUUACACAGCUUUGAAAGGGCACAGAGAUGCAUCGAGGGACUAGAGGCCCCUGGGGAAAGGCUUCAGAUUCCCACAAAGUCUGGAGUUGGUCACAAGCUCAGGCCAGCUUUCCCCACCUCACCCACAGCCCCGCAAGGCCUCAGACAUGCUAGACCCCUGAUAAGCCCCAUCUCAGAUGCUCAUAGAGGCACGCUGCUAGACUCGAUGUAGACCAGGAUCUAGAUUCUCUGCUUCUGCCUCACCAGGGAGGAGACAGGGUUAUAUCUCUACUUCAGGUUCACAUGCUAAAUAACAGCUGGAAUUUGAACUCAGUCAUCCCAUCAGAGGCCAUUUCUUAAACUACAAAAGCACACAUUCCUGAAGAACCAAAAACAUCUGAGUCUUUCUACAUUAAAUGGGGCUGGGUUUCUCUUUGAGAAAACUCCCCCCGCCCUAAGGCAACUCCAUGAGGAGGCAAGAAUGCACUGGGGUGCUAGGUACUUCUCCAGGGUCCAAGGUGGGCGGUAUGGCUCCUAAGGCCUAGGGCCUGAAUCUCCAGGGGUGAUGACCCAGGCCAGCACCUUUCACCAUGUGCCCAGGCACACGCCCAUGAAAGAUGCAGUCCUUGCCUCCAUGGAGCUCCAGGACUGUUGGACACACGUGCAACUUUGGGUGCCAAGGCAGCCGACCAAUUUCUAUGGGGUGGGGACCCCCACUGGCCUCCAAAAGGCAGCUCUGUGUUUCACCUGCUCUGAGCUGGCUGCUCUUGAUCAGCAUCCUCCAGGUUCUAACCCACACUCGGAUCUUCUUUGGGAUUUUGGCCCAACAUUUUUUCCUCUCUUGGAGGUCUCUCCUCUACACCAAGUGACUUCAUGUUUUUGUCUCUGCUGGUCCCUGAAGCUUUCAACUUUCUCUCCCCACUACUGUUCUCUGAAGGAGACCAAACUUACCCACUACUUUUCAGGCGUGCUGUGCAGUGCUGCACAAGCAGUUGACCUUUUGCACAGGCUCACCAUAGCGCCCACAUGUUCUAGUACUUCGUGUUACUGGGGCCAAGUGUUAGGUUUCCUUCAUCAGGGAGCUUUCUAGGUUGUUCUUAUACUGGCUCACAUCACUCAUUUCCAUUCCCUGCUGUCUCUUGGAGUCUUCCCAAUCCAAUCACACCAGAUGGUGUUUGCAUUUCCUCUCCAGCAACAAUGGGAAGAAGUUGGGCCCUGUCCUGAAGGGUUCCCAGCGAGGACCCCUUAUGAGCUUGCAUCUGGAGUCUGUCCUCAGAGCAAACAGGCUCUAGGAGGUCCCAUGACUUUGGAAAAGUGAUUAAUGCCCAGUCUGUCCCUUUUCUCUCAUGCGAGGAUCCUUCUCUGAUGCCUUGAGUCCCAACGGCUAGAAACAAAGACCUGUGAAGAUUUGCUCUGACUUGGGGUGCACUGCAGUGUAGAUUCUCAGGAAGCAUCGUUCAUUCAUUGGGUAACCACACGCUAGCAGUUUUCUAGGCCCGGAAUGCUGUAGAGCAAGAGAAUGAAUAAACAGGUGAGGUCACUCUUAUGCCAAACCUCAAAAGGUAAAUAGAAUUGAUUUCUGCAGCUGAGAAAAUCACUCGGUUCUAACCCAGCCACCAGCACCAAACACCUGUGCCCCUCAUGGAACGCUUGUGGUGGAGGUGGAUCCAGGAAGCUGGGAGCCCUAGUGACCCACCUGAUGGGGCUGAGGCUGAGGAAAGUAUGCUCUGAAUUGCCAUCGGAUGAAGCCUGCUGUCUUCAGUGUGCUCUGUGAGAUCAAGGAAAAGACAGUUUAUAACUGGAGAAGUACUUUUGCCAAUGUGUGACAAGCAGCUGCAUUCGUCUUAAGCAAUACCUAAGAGGCACCGUGGCAUUCAGUUGUUUUGGAAAAGGAAAAGAUGAUAAAAAAAGUGCAGCGCUGGACCUGAACAGGAAACUGGAGAGCUGUGGAUGCGCAGUCUGGGCACAUCUCAUUCUUUGCUCCGUCUGAUUCUGUAUGUACAUAUAUGACUGCAGCUGUCCAUCAGCUUCCGACUCAGCAGUUUCAGGAGAAAAAGAAGGGAUUGAUACCUGCUACCACCAGAGCAGGCUGAGGUGUCCAUUUUAGCCACUCAGUCACCCUGUCCCAUCCUCCCAGGGCGCAAGGGCCGUGCUUGGGGCUUCUGACUCACCCCAGGCUGAGUCCCAAGGAGGCUGUGGGGCUCAGAGCACAAGCCACACACAUUACAUCUGGGCAUUGCUUCCAAAAGUCAUGCUUCCUUUCCUCCAACUGACUCAAACAUCAGUGUGCAGGGUGUGGGUGCAUUUUGAGCUUGCAGGUGCGGGGAUGGCCCCACAAGGGAAGAUCGCACGUCUCCUUCUUGAUUUAACUCACAUUUAUCACAUUUCCCCUCUGGCUAAAGUCUUCGGCAUUUCAUUAAAGACCAAACCUGCGCAGAGCAUUUGAACACCCCCCACCCCCAGUGGCCAUUGUUGGAGCUCCAUGCUUCCCUGCAUUAACGCCCCAACCUUCCAGCGGCCUGGGAGCAGACACUUACUCCUGUUUUACAGAUAAGCAGAGUGAAGCUCCAGAGACAGACCAUUGCACCCCAUUAAGCCACAACCAAGUUGCACCCUGUCCUGGCUCAGGAAGGGAACCCUCCCUGUGCUUCACUGCCUGUGGCUCCCAUCCCACCCCCCACCCUGCAGGCUGUCUUUGAGUCCACUGCCCUCACUGCAUCCAUGAUGGCUCCUGGCCUCUGCCAUCUGUCUCCCUUAGCCAGCGCAAGGUCUAGGGUGUCCUGUGAUCUAGGACUGUCUUAGUUCCUGGCAUGCAGUGCAAGUCCCUCACGUUUUUGUUGAAUGAAGACUUUCUGCUGAUGAUACCUAUUAAGUGAAAUCCUUUUCAUCCUGUUCACUUUACGAGGUUCAGGAAGACUGAAUGAAUGGGGCCUGACUGAGAACACAAGGCUUAUUGUUCAUAUCAUUCUGAAAAGAAAGCCACUUGCCACGUAGACCUAGUGUUGGCAGAUGUUCCUGGAAGCACUGCCUCAUGAGUUCCAGGGUGAGUUGCCUUCCGAUGCUUCCUCCAGCCUGUGGGAGGGACACGAGUGCAUCUUCCAGGUCGGUGUGCAGGCAGGCGCUCCACCUGUGUUCUCUGCAGUGUCUGGGUGGUCCUGCCUAAGGCAGUCUAAGAAAGCCAAGGGCAUUCUAGGAGUGGCCCCUCCCUCCAAAAUCCUUCCCUUAAAACAGACGUCCUGGGGCGGGCCCCAUGGCAUAGUGGUUAAGUUUGGCACACUCCGCUUCAGUGCCCGGAUCCCUGGCACAGACCUACACCACUCGUCAGCCAUACUGUCACUGUGACCCACAUAUAAAGCGAAGGAAGAUGGGCACAGAUGUUAGCUCAGGGCUAAACUUCCUCAAGCAAAAAGAGGAAGAUUGGCAAUAGAUGUCAGCUCAAGGCUAAUCUCCUCAGCAAAAAGAAAAAAAACCCCGAAAAACAGCAGUCUUUCUUUGUAUCUAGAGGAGUUGUCCUGAGGAGUACAAAAUAAAUCCUUUUUGGAGAGUUCUGAAUUUAGCUGGGAAGACCAAAUGCAUACUGGCCCCAUCCCUUUCCCGAAACCGUAGGGGCUAGGUGUAUUACAGGAUUCGGAAUUGUUUGGGUUUUAGCUACAUUAUGUUGAUGAGGACUGAGGCAGAGCCUGCAUUCAAACGAUGGCUUUUAGCACAGAGCAGGAACAUUCUUACACAGGCUCUGCCUCCAGAUGCACUUGCGUGCUAACUUGUACAAAAGCCUUUGGACCUUGGAUUGCGGGUGUGCAGGCAGUUUGGACCCUGUGUGUGCAGGAAGCCCCUUGAAGAGCCACUGGGUAUCAGGGCAGUUCACACAGAGGGACCUGCUUUGUCUUCUGGCUGUGACUGUCCCCCAAGCUGGUCUCAAGAGCACAUCUGUGCCUCAGUUUGGUUGGUUUUGGGGUCACUGUGUCACUGAGGAACGAGAAGUCCCAGCUCCACCAGCCUUGCUCUCGGGCCAAGGAACCCUUGCUGUGCCGCGGGGGAACCAAUGGCUGCCUUUCAGAGGAAAGAAUGUAAAUAAUUCAUAAUAUAAUAGGGAACACCUAUUAUUUACUGACCAGUGUUCACUGGCCCAGCUAGGAGCUGUCAGGCAAAAGUAAUCCGGCAGGUUUGUUUACCUUUGUUUCCCUUCCUCAUCAGCUAGUUAGGUCUGUUGCAAUUGCAAAAUCAUGAUCUGUAGGUCCAGCCUUCUGGCUGGGUCUGUCCCAGCAGUUACCCUUUGGGCCAGCGUGUGACUUCUGGAACUCGGAUCUCUUUUCUGACUGACUGUUCCCCAGGGCUGAGUCCCAUGUACCACAUUUCCUUAGGGCUGUGCUGGGAGUGGAUCUCCUAGAGCUGGGGAGCUAUUUCCCAGGUUGCCUGGAACGUCCUUUCCCAGCCCCGAGUCUCAGGGUGACUGGUGAAUUGAGCCUCCAAUCCUAACUGCUCCUGUGCAGCUGUAGACUGUGCGGAGCUGUGGUCCCUGCCACACAGCCGCUGGUCUCCACGGGGGCUAUUUACAUUUGAAAUCAUUAAAAUUAAAUACAAUUAAAGCCACAUUUCAAGUGCUCAGUAGCCUCAUAUAGCUGGUGACUCCUGUAUUAGACAGCAUAGGUCCAGAACAUUAGGAAAGUUCUGUUGAACAGACAGGUGGAUUAUUUUAAACAAACGUACAGAUCAAGCAUUAUGAAAAAAACCCAACGUCCAUGAUGACUGGAGAAACCAGACGUAGUCCAUCUAUAUAAUCAAAUUAUUCAGCCGUAAAAAGAAACGAAGCUCUGAUACAUGCUAUAACGUGAAUAAACCUUGAAAACUUUAUGCUGAGUGAAAAAAGCCAGACACAGAAGGCCACAGAGUAUAUGAUUCCAUUUAUAUGAAGUUUCCAGAACAGGCAGAAAGAGAUUAGUGGCUGCCAAGGGCUGGAAGUGAGGGAAUGGGGAGUCACUGCUAACAGGGACGAGGUUGCUUUUUAGGGUGGUAAAAAUGUUAGGUAGUGGUAGUGGUUACACAACCUUGUGGAUCUACUGGAAACCACUGAAUUAUACUUUACAUGGGUGAAUUCUAUGCCGUUUGAAUUAUGUCUCAAUCAGACUGUUAUAAAAACAGCUCGAGGACCACAGGGUUUUGGGCAGGGCCACGUCUCUAAUACAGAGUGAGCCUGUAGCUUACGGCCUCAGUACACACAGGGACUCGUGAAGCAGCACUCUCUUGCAGCCUCUCUUACCCUGUUCAGGUUUCUUCUUAGGGCCUAACCAUCAACUGAAAUUGUCUUGUGCUUUUGUUUCUGGCUUGUUUUCUGAUUCUCUCCCCAGAGCGACAGCCCAAGAAAACACAGGCAUGCCUGCUGUGCGUCUCAGCUCACGAAACUGGAGCUGGGAGAAGCUGCACUCAAGUUCAUGAAUGAGGACAGGAAACGUUAACCUCAGCACAGGUCUCGAUGACCACGCCGGGUCCACCCCUGCGGCCCCGUUCCUGUCAAGACAGAGCAGCAGGAGACUGGUUCCCCAGGGGCCGCAGCAGCUACUUGCCACCCCCCAGAGCCCCAGCUUAUGCCCGGCACUUAGUCAGCGCUCAGCAAGUGAUCAAAGAAGCAUUGAAAGGUUUCUGGAAGCAAGGAGUCCCCAAGCUUUUCUCCCUAAUAAUUAUUCUCACCCUCAAAUGAAGAGACACUGGUGCUGUUGCUUCCAGACUGGUGCUGUGGACUGGCCUGCAGGGUGAUGGACGUGGGGGCUGGUGUGACCGG